CUCGCUAAAGCAACGUCAACUUCCGCUAAGGCUGCACGCAGCGGGGUAGAGUUGCUAGCAGAGUUGUAUUUAUUAUAUUUUCAGCGAUUGAAAUGGAUGUGGUUGUGUAUAUAGUGGCUGUGGUUAUUCUGCUCGUUCUGAUCGUGUUUGCUGUGAAGGUUCGUGGACGGACUGAAGAAGCAGCUGAUGGUGAAGAUGGUCAGAAUGUGCCCCGAGCCGUGGCCCGUCCUCAGCCGGCACAGGAGCGUCCAGCAGGAAUGCCUCGGCGCCGCAGAAACCUGCACAGCAGAGUGAACGUCCAGCGCGCGCAGCAGCCGGCAGACAACGAGGACAGUCCUGUGGAAGCGGAUGAGGAUCAGGACGAUGGACUGCCAUCUGAGGAACGUCCUCAAGCCGCUGCUAAAGUCGGAGCGAAGAAACAGAAGAAGCUGGAGGAGAAACAAGCACGGAAAGCUCAGAGAGAGGCCGAGCUGGAGGAGCGAGAGGAGAGGAAGAAGAUGCAGGAGCUCAGAGAUCAAGAGAGACAGAAAGAAGAAGAGAAGGAGAGACUGCAAGAGCAAAGACGGGAGGAGGAGCUGCAGCGGUCCCGGGAGGAGCAGGAGCGGAAGGAGGAGGAGGAGUACCUGCGGCUGAAGGAGUCCUUCGUCAUCGAGGAUCAGGGAGAAGCAGAGGAGCUCAGUGAACAGGAGUCUCGCAGCCUGCUGCAGGAGUUCAUCCAGUAUGUGCAGACAUCUAAAGUGGUUUUGUUGGAGGAUUUGGCGUCCCGCUUCAGCAUGCGCACACAGGAUGCUAUUGCCAGACUGCAGGACCUGAUAGCAGACGGCUCCCUGACAGGAGUGAUCGACGACCGAGGGAAGUUUAUUUUCAUCACGCCGGAGGAGCUGGACGCUGUGGCUCGCUUCAUCAAACAGAGAGGAAGAGUCUCCAUCUCUGAACUCGUUCAAGCCAGCAACACCCUCAUAAACCUCACGCCUGAGCUCCAGACCAAUGCAUGAAUAAAGUGGCAUGCAUGAGAUCUAAUGCCUAAUGUCCCUUAUGUCACCCUGUAAGCAUCGUACAGUAGGGAUGGAUGUGUCUAGUAUUGUCUGAACCACUUUAAGAAAUAGCUUGAGGUGAGAAGAAUUGUUUUCAGUGGCAGAGAAGGAGUUUUUAUUUCACUGAUGUUGUACACACACUUCCCUCAGUCCUGCUUUGGAUUAAAGUGUCUGCUAAUGCAUACAUGUAAAUUAAAACAAGCAAUUUUAAGACUUUGUAUAUUUUUCUAAGUCUGCAAUAUUUCGGUACAUAGAAAUGCUGUUUGUUGAUCUAUUAAAUGAUUCACAAACAACUGAAAAAGUCAUAAAUAUUUAUUGUUUAGACACUAUUCUAGUUAUUUCCUCUCACUGUCAACUGUCCUGUUGAAUAAAAAGCAAAAAGCACAAA